CGCAGGCGUGUUUUUCUCUUACACAGUGGACUAUUGGUUUCUAUUGACAACCGAUAUUAAAUCAAUCGUUUGAGUUGUUUCUUCCUGAACAAUGGCAGAUCUGGAUUAUCCCGAUAUCGACCCUGAGAACGAAUUGGAAAAACGGAUCGCGGAUGCUUUUCUUAUAUUUGAUCAUCACGGCAAUAAGACGGUGGAUGUGCGUGAGAUCGGAACAAUUUUACGAUUUUUAGGUUGCGUACCAACGGAGGCGGAUGUAAAUGAAGUUAUUUCAGCAACGGAGUUCGAAGAUUCCAACGGAACGGUUCAUCUUUCAAAAUUUCUGCCGUAUGUUAGUCAACUGAUAGCCGAGCACAAAUUGGAACCGGCACCACCGGAAAAGCUUCUCAAGGCAUUCCGUGUGUUGGAUCAGGAUGGGAAAGGUUUCGUCGAUCGCGAAUAUAUGACCAAACUAAUCGUCGAAGAAGGCGAACCGUUCACCGCAGAGGAACUGGAAGAAAUGAUGGCUGUAGCGGUUGAUAUGGCCACCGAUAAAAUACCUUACGAAAAUUAUCUAAAUCAAUUAUUGGUCGACUUCUGAGCCACAUAUUGCAAUAAUCUGCUAGACUGUAACACACUGACAGUCGAAACGAUAACAAAGUAUUUUUUCAGAAAACCCACAGUCUCAUUCCAUGUCAUUUGGAUUCAUCCAAAUCAAAACAACUGCACCAAAACUUCAAUGUAAUCACCGCGGUGGCCAUUUUUACACACAGUUCCGUACGAGCCUGUUUCCGGUGUGAUUAGAAAGUAAAGCAGAACACCUUUUGGCUGCGAUGCUUUUGAUUUAUUGAUUCGAGAUUGCUUAGCUCAUUCUUGGUUUCUAAAAACUAUUGUCAUCGAUUAUAAAACAA